UUAAAAACACAUGUAACAGGUACAGUAUGAUACUACCGGGCAAAUUAAUUAAUGAUAAAUUUCACAAAAAAAUUGAAUAAUUUAAGUAAUUGAUUAUCAGUGAAAAAAUGAGAUUCAUUAGAAACUUAAAAAAUCAUUCACUAUUUUCGGAGUGAAUAGUUUUUAACUUCAAGUUAUCAGAACAUAAAAUAGAGCAUUUUUAAUGAAACCAACCUCUUAUUUGAUUAUAAUAAUAAACUUUGCUUGAAAGUAAAACUUUGUAGAUUAUAAAUAUUAGUGAAUAAUAAGUUGAAAUUAUAAUCAUAAUGUUAAUAAUAUUUGAGAAAACAUUACUCCGAAAAGUGUCGUUAUUCAAACGCUUUUAUUCGAAACUUGUUGAAAACCCUCCUCUAAUUUUACAAUUUGACAAUGCUUUAAAACAACAAAUAUACAAUGACAAGUCAAACUUACAACAAACAGAUGAAAAUGGUUUUAAAACAUUAAAAAUUGCAAUUUUUGGUCUGCCAAAUGUUGGAAAAAGUACUCUGAUUAAUCGGCUUGUUCGUCGACCUGUAUGUGCAACAUCUUCAAAGGUUCAAACUACCGAACAAAAGUCUUCUGCUAUAUUAACAGAGAAUAACAUUCAGCUAAUCUUUGUUGAUACUCCAGGAAUAGUAACCAUGAAAGACGUAAAAAAAUAUGAACUACAACCCACUUUUAUUUCGGAUGUUAAAAAAUCUGUAAAACACAUUGAUUGUGCUGCCUUGGUUCAAGAUGCAUCAAAUUCUCAUGCUGCACAAAUUAACGAACGGGUUCAACUAACAUUAGAACAAUUGGAACCAACAAUGAAAACAAUAUUGAUAUUAAACAAAGUUGAUAAAUUGAAGAAGAAAAAAGAAUUACUGAAUAUAAUUACAAGUAUUAAAAAUACAAAAAAAACUUUUCCAGAUUUCUCAGACUAUUUUAUGAUAUCAGCAUUAAAAGAUGAUGGAAUUGAUGACUUAAGAGAGUAUUUUUUUAAUCUGGCUAUUCCAAGAAAGAAAUGGAGUUAUCAAGAAAACGAAAUUUGUAGUGAUCCACCACAAGUUUUGAUACGACGUGCAGUUCGGGCGAAAUUAAUGGAUGAAUUACCCAAUGAAAUACCUUAUGAUUUAAAAAUAGAAAUAGAGCAUUUUUCAAAUCUUCCCGAUGACAGCAUUCUGGGUGUGAUUGCUAUUAAACCUCCUUCAGAUCGAAUAGGAAGAUUAGUAAUGGGCUUAAAAGGUAAAAGAAUAAAAAAAGUUGUAAUGGAUGCAGAACAAGAAUUAUCUGUUACCUUUAGAAAAGCUGUAAGGAUAAAAAUUAUUAUUAAAUUUUCAAAUAAUGAUAGAGAGAAAAUACAAAAAGACCUAGAGAAAAAUUUGAAGAACGUAUUAAAUUAAAACCGUGUAAAUACCAAUGUUAAAUAAACAAACUUUUUUCUAAAAUAAUUUGUUAUAAAGCUAUGUAUAUACGAAACAUUACAUGUAAUAUAUGUGUAUUGAUAAAUUAACUAAUUGUACUUUACAAUUGUUUUAAAAUAACAAUUAAUUUUUAAUUA